UUGGUAUGGUCUUGGUUCGGUUUCAGACCAUGAUUCUGGUUGUUGGAUCCAAUCACCAUUUGAUCGGUUUUCGGUGUUGCUAUUCGCUGGUGUUUGCCGUCUGGAAAGAUAGUCUGCAGCAGAAUUGUUCUUUCCCAGAAUAUAUUUCACAUCAAUCACUUGAGGAAGCAGAUCUUGUAAUUUUAAUAACCAGUUUUCAAUUCUUUGAUUUUUGAACUUUAAGCCAUGAUGGAAGUUGAUCAGUGGUUUAUGGUCUGUUUCAACGAUGAUUGAGGAGCUACCAAUAUAGUUUCGGAGCUUGUUCAGACACCAAUAAAUGCCAAGAAAUUCUCGUUCAGUUGGAUGAUAUUUCCUUUCUGCUUCACUCAUCAUGAUUGAGACAUAAUAGUUGCCAGUUUGUGCAGAUUGAUUUUUUGUGGGCUGGUUUGAGAUUUAGAUGUUUAGGUAUUUCUAUGUUUAGAUAUAUGGAUAGUUACAGUUUGUGCACGUUCACAUUUUAUGUUCUUGUUAGAUAUUCACACUUUGUUAAUUUUUUGUGGGCUGCUUUUAGAUAUUUGGAUAUUUUCAGUUAAUGUUGGUUCAUUUUUCGGCGUUCAUUAGACGUAUGGACAUUUAGAUAUUUGGACGUUUAGAUACUCAAAUAUUUAGACCUUGAGAUAUUUACAGUUUGUGCGGCUUCGUUUUUCUAUAGACGGGUUAGACAUUAAAAAAUUUGCUGUUCGUGCUGGUACAUUGGUUAAAUUCGAUGGAAUUAACAACAGCGUACCGGAGUAUUUAUUGAAAAAUACUAUUGUUCAGGCAGCUCAAAAAUCUGGUAUUCAAGGUGUUGAUAUAAAUUUAAUUGAAGUAGCACAUCGCGUGAGAAAAUUAAAAAAACAUUGUACAGUUAUAGCAAAAUUCUAUUCACGGGAAGUUGUUCAUGCAUCACUAGUCAAUCGUAAAUUUAUAUAUAAGGCAACAAAUGAAUCUGUCUACGAAGACGUAACAAAACGUGAUUUAGAAGUACUAUAUCUAUUAAGGCGAAAUUUACCUCCCGAACGCAAGAGAGAUGUAUUUACUCGCGGAGGUCGUGUCAUAAUCAAAAAUGAUGCAGGUAAAUUAGUGUAUGUGCGUGAUAAAUAUCAAGCAAAUCAGGUAUUAGACGAAUACCAAACAAAUUCAUCUCAACAAAGUCAAGUACAAUCAUUAAAUUCAUUAAAUGUACCGUUAAAUUUAAAUGAAACUUCAUAA